AUGGCAGAGCGCGAUGAUGGUGACGCGACCCAGUCGGUAAUUGCGCAGAACGGUGGUGAUGAGGAUGUUUCGCGAGAAGUCGCACUUCGACAGCGGUUGGCGGAGGCCAGGAAGGAAAAGCGGGGCGAGCAUGACGAGCCGGAAGCGAAGAGGCAGAGAGUUGAGGAGAAGCGGGAUACUUUUGGGAAUGACGGGGAAGACAGCGCUCCUACCGCUGGAGAACGGCAGGCAGAGCAGCCGCAGCCGCAACGAUCUGCAACGUGGAGACCCGCUCGGACAUGGUCAGGUCUACAGCGCUCCGCACAUCCAGCUAUCUCCGCCUCUCGCUCGAUCUACGCCUACGAGCGUCUCAACCACAUUCAAGAGGGUACAUACGGUGUAGUCUUUCGAGCGCGACCGCGCGAUCCUCCUCCCGCACCAUCCACCUCCACCUCGCCCAGUCCUUCUGUCUCCCGGCAACCUGAAGUGGUCGCAGUCAAGAAGCUCAAACUGGGCAAGAACGGGCUCGACUCCCACGGGUUCCCCAUCACCUCUCUUCGCGAGAUCCAGACCCUCUCCCUCGCCAAAACGCACAGCAACGUCGUACGGCUGCACGAAGUAUGCGUCGGCAAGACGCUGGAUCAGAUUUUCCUCGUGAUGGAGUUCGUCGAGCACGAUCUCAAAAGCUUGCUCAUGUACAAGCAUAGAGCAAAAACCGGAUUCGCCCCGAGCGAGGUCAAGACGCUCAUGCACCAGCUGCUGAGUGCUGUAGCAGCGCUGCAUCGGAACUGGAUCGUGCAUCGCGAUCUCAAAAGCAGUAAUCUGUUGAUGAACAAUCGGGGGCAGUUGAAGGUGGCGGAUUUCGGGCUGGCGAGGCGAUUCGGCGAUCCGGUCGAUGCAUGGUUGGCGAAGAGUCGACCAAGAACUCUGGAGGGUGAUGCCGGUGGUGAAAGCAAAACAGAUUCGAAGGUCAACGGGCAGGAAGUGGAAGCGGGGAUGACCGAUCUCGUCGUAACGCUCUGGUACCGUGCUCCCGAAGUGCUCCUGCUCAACCACAUCCAUCGUGCGCGCGAAGUAUGGCGCACAAACUCCUCCAAGCCUACCAAAUCUCUCGCAGCAAGUAGCCUCUUUCGCCAACACUCGCAGCCGUACCCGCACCCGCGACCACCCCUCCCGCUCUAUGACGAAAAAAUCGACAUGUGGAGCGUUGGCUGCAUCUUCGCCGAGCUCCUCCUUACCGCCACCACGGGCGCUGGGCUGUUCCAAGGCUCGGACGAAGCCGACCAGCUGCGCAAGAUCGACGCCGUCCUAGGAGGGUACAACACCACCAACUGGCCGGACGUGCUCCUCUGGAUGGGCCUCCCGCACCGGCACCACGCCACCCCAGCCGUCUCACCCGCAGAGACGCAGAGGGAAGCAGAGCUGCGAAAACGCAGACUGCAGACGGCGCUGCACCCGGCCAAGCUCACUCGCGGAGCACUGGACUUGCUCUUCCAGCUGCUCCAGUACGACCCGCAUCAGCGCAUCUCGGCAGAACAGGCGCUGGAGCACGAGUACUUUACAGGUGAACCGCCGAGGAUGGCCCACCCGGACUCGUUUGGAAGCUUCCCGAGUGUCGCAGCGGGCGAGAGCGUGGCGAUGCGCGAGACGCCCAGUGCACCCAAUGCGCGCGCUGCGGCGAAUGCAGGGGUCGCGAAUAGCAGCAAGACGUAUGCGAUGGAGUUCGAUUUCGCCGCCACUUGA